CCCAGGUCGCUGCCGUCACUUCAGCCAAGCCGCGAGCCCAGUCAGACCUGGCGUGGCCCUCGUUCACUUAACACCUGUGCGCACCCGCAUCGAGGAGAAAGGACAGAGCUUCUGUCACACCGACACAACAUACAAACAUGAAGAUCCUUCCACUGAUUGUUCUAGCAGCAUGUGUCGUGAUGCAAGUGAGCGCGCGGCCCCAGGAGGACGGCGAGGGCAGGGCGGUUCCCCCCAGGGGCCUGCUCAAACGGGGGCUGCCUAAGGGCAAGCAGACCACCACCACUACUACGGAACCACCACAGGAAGCGGAAUACGACGAGGACUACCCUGCAGAAGGCGAGAACCAGGAGCCGUCGACGGAGACGCCGCCAUCUUCCACGGAGGGCAAGAAGCUAGUGGCCGGAGGAGUCAGGCCCUUCCGAAGCAACACCGACCUGCUCGAGACUCUCAAGAGGAGGAGGGCACAGGCUGCUGAAGCUAAACUCCACGGUCAAAGCAACCACGCUUCCUCGGCCGCCGCCUCCUCUCAGGACAUCGUGUCGGAGGCACCUUCCAAGUCCAGCUAUAGUAAGAAACAGUUCAACAGAGCGCCUGCGCGUGAUAGCAACAAUGAGGAGUCACCAGCCGCCUCUAGCUCCAAGCCCAGCAGGUCACGGUUCGGAAGACCCGCGGCCAGAUCAGUCCCUGAAGCGGAGCCCGAGGAGCAGAACGAGGCCGCCGCCCCUGCCCCAUCCAGGACCGGAAGGACAUUUGUCAGGCGAGGUGGCAACUAGCUCACUUAAUUUCUCCCUGAGACUGUUCCAGUCAGUGGUCCCGCUGUUCCGAAAGGGUUUUGACUUUUAACUUAUACUUAAGUAUUUUAAGAAAUUUCAACGCGACAGAACGCGAUUCGCUGUUUGUAAAUUGUUUUUAAUUGAUUACCUUUAUAAAUCUUUGGAUCCGUAAAAAAUGAUUAAAUUGUACAAUAUUUUCAUCUCUCGUAAAAAUGUGCAUAUAAAGAGAAGUUCUGACAGUAAAUUAACUGCCAAAGGUAUUUUGGUAAGCCAGUACAGCUUACAUAACAUCCUUUUGAGCCUUUUGAAACGAGGCUGGGCUUUUAUAGAUAGACGAUUAGGAAAAAUCUUUUUUUUUUUUAAAUUGUUUAUUUUUAAUUUAAAUUGAUUAAACAACAGCGACCGGGCUAAUAAGUUUACCAACCAUCAGUUUACAUAUAAAAUUAUUUCUACGUACUUUUUCAAAACCCUAUAAAUAUAUGUGGACCCACAACUGGAUCUAAAUCCCAACUUGCCUAUCCUUCGAGUACAUCUGUACACUGCCAUCGAUCCUGGUCUCAUUCAGAAUCAUCUCCUGAUAAAUUAGAUAACUUUUGUACUAUGUGUAAAUUAUACUUAUAAGUAUUUUUAAUAAAUAAUUUUAUACUA